UAAUUGAAAGAAUGGAGAAAAAGGCAAGUUAGUUAGUUUAGGUGGUAAUUCUCUGAUAUUUUGUUUAAAUUUAAGAUAAAAUGUUUGGAAAAAUUGAAAAACUUUAAUCGAGUUAAUAAUCGCUUUGGAAGCGAUCCUUAUUCCGAUACUAAAGUUGAAGGAAAGGAAUGUGAAUGGCUUGAAAGACUUAAAUAUUACGCUCACUCUGCUCACGAUAUGUCCAUAUCUGCAUUAUUUUCUACCCUUCAAUUUGACUAUACUGAUUUUGACCAAGACGGUCUGCCAGGUUAUGCUUCUUGUGUUUUGAUUGAAUUGUGGAGAAAUGUUGAAAGAGGGUAUUAUAUUAAAGUUUUAUAUAGAAGAGAUAAUGUUGAUAAUUUGAUAAAUCUAACACCUUAUAUUCGUGGAUGUAAUGGAGAAGAGUGUAGUUUGGAGUUGUUUAAACAACGUUCUCUGAUUUUUAAACCUCUACCAAACCAGGAAACGGUCAGAUAUUUAAUUUGA